AGACUAUAAAUUCGCUUCGUUUUCUAUGCUAUAUCCGUAAUAUAUUUAUACAAAAAUCAACCAAUUGAGCGUUUGUAUCUGAGUUUUAUGCUGUCAUAUUCCUACCAUACUGCAACUAUGAGUGGUUUUUAGGAAACACGUCCCGUAAAUAAUAUCACUCCGGGAAAUUUUAUUGUUGGCCACCGGGAUUCGGUCGUCUCUGUUGUGCCUACUAGGUACACAUGUUAGCUAGCUGGCUAACAACUACUUAACGGGCGGCUCUUAACUAAACAUUUGAAUUGGUUUAGUAGACGUGAAGGGUUCUGUGUAACUUCUACACUUGUGCAUUUUCUUUUUGACGUCGCUGAGGUUCCCUUUGUGUAAUGCGAUUAACAUUUGCUAGUGAUGCAAAGUUAGCGAAGUAGCGUUACCUCGCCCGCUAAUUUCAUUUCGCCUAUGGUUCCUGUUUGAAGCCAUUCAACAGCGUAAUACUGGUAUAAUGAAGGCUAAGAAAAGCAGUCUUUCAAAAGGCAGCGCUACAUCUCAGAAGUGGAAAGAUGUGAGGGGUAAAAGAUGCAGACCUCCUCCCGUCGUCACGUCGGACCUCAACUCCAGUCCUGUCAUGGUCAGGAUGAUCAAGGAGCACCAGGAGUGCAUGAAGAAGAAGCCCACCGUGAAAAGAUUGAAGAGCAAGGCAAAACCUGUGUCUGGGAAAACUGUUACACAGACUAAGUCAUUCACUAAUGGAGACAUGGGCCUAGAUUCUGACGAAUUUCAGGACUGGAAGGAGUACUCCCAAUCAGUCCAAGUGAAUGGGCUACAGACGCAAGCUGCCACAGAGGAUGGUCGUACCCGUCGACUGGAUGGGAAUUCUCUUCAUCAGUGCGCGGAGAGGGAUGAUCAGAGGAAGCACGCAGUGCUCAUCAUGCAGAAAGGACAGGCCCUGUGUUUCCGCGGCAAGUGUUAUGUGACUUGCCUGUAUGGGCGGGUAGAAGUCCUGGGUUUCACCAUCGAGGAGGGCCAGCAGUCUUACCCGCUCUUCUCUCCUGCCUCACAUUGUCCACUGACCAUCAGAGCCACAGAGCGCCCUGAUGACAGCCGAGACCAUAGAACAGAGGCAACAGACAUCCUUUCCAAUUACCUUCCACCUGCGUCACAAAAGAAGCUGCUCAAAAAGGUUGUUUCCAACUCCUCCAUCAUCCUGUUGGAGCCCAUGGAGACACCUUUGACACGCUUUCUAUCAAGCUUUACUGAUCUCAGCAACCUGUUUGACCCCCCUGCGGGAGAACUUAUGUCUGCCAUCCUGGACACGCCUCUUAAUGGCUUGGGGAUGAUUCCUCUGGUCAGCGACAUUGAGGGCCUGAAGGUUUCGGAGAGCUGCCGGGAGUCCCUCAAUGCGGUGGUCAGUGCCUGCAAAGGGGACCUGGAUGCUUGUGCUGUUGUCCUGGUGUACGGAGCCAAAAAUGUUGGGAAGUCCACAUACGUCCGCAUGGUCAUCAAUACUCUACUAAAUCACACAACAAGUGUGGACUAUUUGGAAGCAGACCUCGGUCAAACUGAGUUCACCCCAGCGGGUUGCUUGUCUUUGGUGACUGUUAAAGAGCCUCUGCUAGGUCCCCCGUUCACACAUCAACGUGACCCCGACCACAUGGUGUACUACGGCGACACAUCAUGCGAGUCCGACCUAAGCCGCUACAUGGAAAGCCUUAAGUCCCUGUGGCGUAGACGCUCACCGAGCGGAGAGACGCCCAUUAUUAUCAACACCAUGGGCUGGGUUAAAGGUUUUGGACUGCAGCUGCUAGUGGACAUGCUGCGCUUUUUCCCGGUCUCACAUGUCAUUCAUUUGACUCACGGUGGUGGCACCACGCAAAGCCCCGCCCUUACUCCGGAGUUUCUGAGAACUGCCCAAGGCUUCCACACGCAGCCGCCUGCUCAGACAGCAUUGGACGAGUUCACGGACAGUGCACGCAGCCCAUCCCGUGGCUAUUUUCACAUGAGUGUUCAGUCCGACUUUGAAGGCGUGGGCUGUCAAGGAACGGCGAAACACCAACGCACCAAUGAGCAACGAGACCUGUCACUUCUGGCAUACCUUGGUCAGCUUCAGUCUGCUGAUCCAGGACCUGUUAGACAACUUCACUCUCUAACACCCUACCAGGUGCCCCACACAGAUGUGGCUUUGGUUGCAGUCCAUUUUGACGUAGCGCCCAGUCACAUUUUCUAUGCUGCCAACUCCAGCUUGGUGGGACUCUGCAUCCUGGCAGAGAAAGUGGCCAGCAAAGGGGGUCCGGUCCUGCUGUCUCGGCCCCCAAUCUGCCCCUGUGUAGGCCUGGGUGUGCUGCGAGGGAUCGACAUGGCACGAGGCCUGUAUUUUGUGCUGACGCCGGUAGAUCCCGCCAUCCUGCGCAAGGUUAACUGUCUCCUUCUCGGAGCUACGUCGUUGCCCUCCUGCAUCCUGACAGCACAGGGAAAUUUGCAGGGCGAGCUACCUUACGUCACAUCAGACUACAGCUUCGACCUGACCGGCGCUGGAAAGCUGCGGAUUUUCAAGGGCCUGCAGAGACCGAGUCAGACAGGGACACGUUGAUACGUUUCAGACUUGCACUUUGUUUUUUAACAUCAAGUCUGAUGUGGACUCUUGGAGAGAAAUCGCUCAGAACACUGUUGGUUGUUUUGUACUAGUGGCAUUCCAGUGCUGAAAUUGAAUUAUGUUGUCACAUUAAAGAAGAAACAUUUUUUCUUA